AUGGAGGAUGGAGAUGAUCUGCCUUUCAACCUCCCCAGAGACUCCGAAGAGGACGAGGACCAGCUGCCACUGACACUGGCAAGGGACUCAGAUCCUGAUGACCAUCUGCCCCUGACCCUGGCAAGGGAUGCAGAUCCUGAUGACCAGUUGCCACUUACCCUGGCAAGGGACUCUGAUCCUGAUGAUCAUCUGCCUCUGACCCUGGCAAGGGACUCAGCUCUUGAUGACCAUCUGCCCCUGAACCUGCCCAAGCACUCCGAAGCUAGCUUGGAUAAUUUUUUAAGCUCUGAUCAAGCGGCGCUCAACUCAGUAUUGAUGAACAUCCUUUCUAAGUUCAGUGAGCUGGAUGCGGAUGGUUCAGGCGCCAUUACAAUGGACGAACUUGCUACCCACUGGCUAUCUGCCGCCACGGAGGUGUGCAAGCGGCCACUGAGUGAUUCAGAGAAGGACCUGAUAGGCGCGAGUGUUCAGCGCGCCUUUGAUGUCAUGGAUGUUGAGCAGGAUGGCAUGAUCAACAAGCAUGAGUGGCUGCACACCGCCCUGCUCGACAUGCAUCCACCGGGCCCAGUGGCCAAUGAAAUCAUUACCCGAAAGCUGCGUGAGCCGGAUGCCCCAGACGUAUCGGGGCUUGUGCAUACCUGGCUGUCUUCAGAUGAGUUGGUGUGCGGUAUGGUCACGCGGAAGAUGCUGUCGACCAGCCUGAACGCUGACCCCGACGUGCUGGAUGUCCUCAAUACCACUGGAAAUGAGAAUAUCACAUAUGCGGAGUUUGUGGCUAGUGAGCUUCAUUUGACCUUCAUGCCGGUGGAGCUGUACUACUAUGACCUCUCCAAGAACUUUGCUUCAGUUCUCUCACCAGUUCUACUUGGCCAGUACGAAGAAGGCAUAUGGCAUACCAGUGUGGGAGUUUUCGGUCAGGAGCUCUACUUCUUUGGCUACAUCCUCACCUGCUACCCGGGACAGAGCGCCUUCGGACAGCCUAGGAAAAGCAUCCAACUUGGCCACACGCUUCGUACGGUGGAGGAGUUGAACGAAGAGAUCAAGAGGGUCUAUUUCGAUUACCGGCCUGACCUGUACGAUGCCUUCGACCACAACUGCAACGACCUGAGCAACCACAUGGUGCAGUUUCUGCUGGGCCGACCCAUUCCCGACUCAGUGCGUCUGAUGUCAGAGCGGCUGAAGAGCUCCUCACUGGUCAAAGUGCUCCGGCCGAUGCUAAACAGGAUGCUGGGCAACCGGCAGACCCGCGGAAAGCAGGAUGGCGAGGACAAGCUGCUUGAGCUUGAAGCAUCGGCCCGCGCGCGGCGCAACAACGCCCGUCACCAGAACUCGUCGAACUCUGCAUUGAGCGUCGACAAGCAUGUCAUCUCCGCGAACAGCUUGAACCUUGAGUUCGAGGGCCCGGAUUCCGAGGAAGACAGCGGGCCGAACGCGGCUGGGAUGGCAUUUGCAAUGGCAGGGAAGGAUGCAGCCCCACGGCAGUUGACGGGCAUGGUUCUCUUUCGGGCCAGCGGCGCCAGCGCACCCGUAGUGGCGCAGGUGGAGAUGGAACACUCGGACGGGACCUUCGACAUCGGCUGGUUUGACCAGACGGGCAGUAAGCAGCAGGCGGCUGGCGUGCCAGGGGCCUCCCUGGAGCCGUACAUCCCUGCCCUGCAAGCCAGCGCUUUGCUGAAGGAGGUUUUCAGCCGGGCUAGCCAAGCUUUGCCCCCAACCUUGGAUCGGUGGUCCAGCAUGGACAUUGGCAGGGGCGACCUCCAGCGGGCGAUGACGUGCUUGGAUGGCCACCCUUUGGUCCGGUCUCAGCCAAGCUAUUGGUCCUCCUCGGUACAGUGCCGCUUCUGCCAGGUUGCGAUACCUGCAGGGCAGGUGCGCAUGCAUUGCUACAGCUGCAACUACACGCUCUGUGGGAAGUGCUUCCUACAACACCAAAACCCGAACGUGGGUCAGAACCUCGCGGGAUUCGAGGAGGUCCGCCAUUCCCUGUCCGUCUGGCCCAAGUGCGAUAAAGGCCACAGCUUCGAGCGCUUUGGAGGUGGCUCUUCUGAUGGGGGCACUGCGUGCAGCUCCUGCAAGCAGCAGGAGAUUGGCAGCACGGGUCCAUUUUUCCUGAUUUGCCGGUUUUGCCAGCAGCAGCUUUGCCAUGACUGUGCUCGGAGAUCCAUCUGUGCACUGCUGGAUGCUGCUUACGAGCCUCGUGUGGCCCCUGCUCCAAGUGACGUGGUGGACUCCGAAGCUGUUCGCCGCGUCUUCGCAGCGCAGGGGCGGAGAAAGAUCCUGCCGGGGAUUGACCAGGAUGGGGUAUGA